AUGAUCACUGCUGCAACUCCAUACCAGCCAGCUACACAUGGGGCUGGGUCAGUCCAUACUUAACCUUGUUGUACCAGGAUCUGGUGCCAGACCAUAGGAGCUCUACAUGUCAGUUGUGAACGUGGGUGGUAGUAUGACGUCAACUCUAGUCGAAACUGUGUCUAUAAACUAUGAGGACUUCAACGAUAGUUUUCUCACUUGUGGGACGUGUCUGUGUAUGUACGACAACCAAGAGCAUACUCCCAAGCUGCUUCCCUGCUCUCACACUGUCUGCAAGAAUUGUUUGUUUAGGAUCUGUGAAGCCCAGACAUUAGAUACAGGAACAUUUAGGUGCCCAAUAUGUCGUGAGACAAUCCCAAUUCCUCGCGGAGGAGUUGGAUCGUUCCCACCAAGUUUUAUUGUGAAUCAGCUACUCGAUCUCAUGGCUAGUCAACGACGGGAUGUUAUCCCGAAGUGUUCUGUGCAUAACGAACAGGAACUAUUAUUUUGUGAGACUUGCGAUAAAGUAUUCUGUAAUGUAUGCUCUGGUGGUGAGCAUAAUGGACGUGGUGCUAGCGAGCACACUGUCAUCCCGUUUUCUAUUGCCAUCAAGCGCAUGUCUGAAAUCCUCCUCUAUAAAGCCAGCCUCUGUAUCAAAAACCUCAACAGUGCCAGUGAUAAUGUGAAUGAUGAACUACGCAAACUUGAAUACAACGUCGAAAAAACCCUAGACACAGCAAACCGAUCAUUCGAAGAACUCAUCUCGAUGAUGCAGAACAGACGUCACGAUGUUCUCCAACGUAUACGUAAAGUUCGCGAUGAAAAACGUAAGGGAUUGAUGGAACAGUUAAACAUGAUUCAAGCAGAGAAAACUAAAGUGCAGAGUGAGUGCAAUGGACUUCAGUACCAAGUAGAGGUUCGCAAUAUUACAAAGAAGAUAAGUGAUCUCAAUGAGAAACUGGACAGCACUAGUACAUUAGGUGAACCACGUGAAAAUGCAUUCAUAAAAUAUGAGUACAAGCACAACACAGCAUUGAAGGAUAUCGUCAAGGGUUUAGGUCAGUACGGUCGUAUCAAAAUCAGCACAACUUUCCCUGCCCUGAGUACUGCUAAGGUUGGGAAGUCUGUGACACAUAUCAAGAACACUGUGCUCGUUAACACAGUCGACCUCCAUGGCAGUCCUCGCACAACGGGAGGAGACCCAGUUGUGUCAAUUCUGAAAACCGAACAAGGCCAGAAUGUAGAGACUAAGAUAAAAGAUAACGAAGAUGGCACAUAUGCAAUCACAUUCACAACUACAACCGCAGGCCGGCAUAAGUUAGUUGUGAGCAUAUUUGAUAGGCCAAUUAAGGAAAGCCCAUUCCUGAUAGAGUCAAGCACCCAUAAUAACCCAGUGUUGAAGUAUGGGACCCGGGGCUCUGGGAGCUGCCACUUCACUCAACCAGUUGGAGUCUGCGUUGAUAAAGAGAACAACAUCUACGUGCUGGACACUGGUAAUAGUCGUAUCAAAGUCCUUAAGGAAGAUGGCACCCUUAUAGGCCACGUCAACAGUGUAGGCUUACAAAACCAAAGUGGGACGGGAAUUGCUAUGACUCCCAGGGAUACCAUAGUCGUUGUCAACUGGCGCACAAAGUUUAUAACAGAGAUGAAUUUAGAUGGAGAAAUGGUGAACAAGUUCACAUCGCCAGAACUGGUUGAACCAAUAGAUGUCGCUGUGAACAGUGCUGGGGAGAUAAUCAUUGCAGACAAUGGUGCUGGUCGUUUGUUCAUGUUUGAUAGUGAAGGGAGAAUGAUUAACAAGAUAGCAAGCAAGGGAGAUAAACAAGGACAGCUUAAAUUGAUCACUUCAGUCACGAUUGGCAAACACGAUGAAAUCUUAGUCACCGAUCAUCGAAUUCAGAUCUUCAACAAAACAGGAAAAUUCCUCCAAGAAAUAGUCAAUGAGAGUAAAACCAAAGUCAAGGGCCAAUAUGGGGGAGUUACUGUAGAUUCAAGCGGCUAUAUCCUUGCAACGCAGUCGGAAAAGGGUAAAAGUGUAAUCCAGGUUUUUUCACCCAAUAGGAAGUUGUUGUUUGCAAUAGACAGUAUAGAUGAUAAGCUGCGUCGUCCUAGUGGACUAGCUUGCACCAGUGACCACCAUGUAGUCGUGGUUGAUCUAGGCAAUGAUUGUAUAAAGAAAUUCAGAUAUCGUUAGUUAGUCUUUAAGAUUGACAUAUAAGACACAGCCCUUGAAAUCUGGACCUGGCUUAUUAACAACUGCUUUAUUAAAAGCCUUACAGUUUAGAUUUAGAAAUUGAUGAUAUAACAAAGGGAUUUUUAUUUACAUCAAUUUUGAAGCAUGAAAGUUGAAUAUAAUUCUUG